GUGCUCACACGAAUUUAACAUCAUACCCCUGGUGGCGGGUAGACCUGGGCCAGCAGUACGUGGUUUACAGUGUAACGUUAUUUAACAGAGAUGACGGCGGUGACUCCGGCAAGCACUUACAUAACUUAACAGUAAAUACACGUAACAACACAGAUACCGGCAGCGUAGACGAGUGCGCGACACGUGUUCCCCAAGUGCCUCAGGGUGGAAGUGUAGAAUUGUCAUGUCAAGUUCCACAUAUUGGUCAAGUCGUGAUUGUUCAGCUGCAGUACACGGCCCCUUUAAUACUCUGUGAAGUGACUAUUAAAGGAUACAAAUACGAAGAGUGUACAAAUAAACACCUUGGUCCUGAAUGCAGAAACCGCUGUAACUGUAGAUAUACCAGUGAACAGUGUCAUCCCGUGUAUGGAGUCUGUAUAUCUGGCUGUGCUGAAGGCUGGCAGGGACAUAAUGGGACUUGUCAAGUAGAAACAUCUACUCUCCCAAGUCUAACCACAGCACCAAAAUUGUCCUCCAAGACAAACAAUUCACUCACCAUAACGUGGCAAAAGUGGUCGUCGCUGGGCGACUUAAGGGGUGGUAGUGCUCACAGCUACGUCAUUAGAGCUUGGCGGCAGGAUGGCCAACCCAGUAGCGUAAAUGUAACAGUAUCAUCAGAAAAUCAUACAGCCACUAUCGAAAAUCUUUAUCAGUACACAGAGUAUGAUAUCACUGUAACAAUAAAGAAUAAUGCAGGAUAUCAUGGUCUUCCUAGUCCACCAACCGCUGCAAGGACAUGUGGAGUUCCCGCGGCACCACUGAAACCAAACGUCACUUCCCUUCUUGUGCCAUCAAAGAGGAAUGCUUACAUAGAACUUAAUACUACGGGGAUGAACCAAGCGAUCCAUAGAUGUGAUGGAUUUGAAAAAUUGACUGUUCGAUAUGAAGGAGAAUUCAACAAUGAUACCACAGACGUGCUACAUGUCAAGGAAACACAGCUGAUUACAAUUACCAACCUCACAACAUAUAGUAAAUACACCAUCUACCUGACAGCAGUUAACAACUUACAUUUGGAAGGACCACCAGUGACAGUGACUCAUAAAACACCUGAAGGGGUUCCACCAAAGAUGGCGGUACCAGAAGUGGCAUCUACAGGAGACAGCUUCAUAGAGUUAACAUGGAGUGUGCCGUCCCCUCCAGGUGGCGUUAUCGUCAGUUACGAGAUAUCGUACACUCAACAGUCCAGUCUGUGGGAUGAAACGGUGGCUGAUGCUGACAGUUCUAGUACAAUUAUUGGCAACUUGCAAAUCAAUACGACCUACAUGAUUCGAAUCCGUGCCAGUACUGCCGUCGGCUACGGCGAAUAUAGCGAUCCAAUUCAGGAAACAACUCAACCAAAGAGAGAGUCUUCAGCCCAUGUCACAGGUAUAAAUGGUGGUGGUGUAGCAGGAGGUGUGUUGGGGGUUCUGGUACUGGUGGCAGUAGUUUUGGCUGUAGUUGUCAUAUACAAAAGAAGUCGUCGCCCAGACGAGUCUGAUAGAGUUAAUGUCUUUUCUGAAAUGCAAGGAGGACAAGAUGAGCUUGUACAUGUAGAUGGAUUACAGACAGAAAGUGUGUGCGAAGACACGGAAGACGAGCACCUCUACGGCAAUAUAGAUCAAAACACAAAAAUCCCUGUAGAUGACAUUUUUGAGGUCAUGAAAUGGAAAAGCAGAGAUGUUCUUAAGGCUGAAUAUCAGAAAUUCCCCACCACAUUCAUUUGUCCUUGUGAAGCCGGCCAAAUACGAGAAAACAGACUAAAGAACAGGUUUCAGAACAUUAUGCCAUACGACCAUAGCCGAGUUGUAUUGGAUCUUUUGUCGGGUGAUCCCAAUUCUGAUUACAUCAACGCAAACUUCAUUGAUGGCUAUAAGAGACCACGUGCAUUUAUCGCCGCACAAGGUCCAAAAUCGAAUACCGCGAAGGACUUUUGGCGGAUGAUAUGGCAAGUGAACUCACCACAAAUUGUAAUGGUGACGAAAACUGUGGAAAUGGGCAAGCAAAAAUGUGAACAGUACUGGGCAGACGAAGGAGUGAAACAGUUCGGUGAAAUAGAAGUGACUAUGCAGGAUGAAGUUCAUGGACAGGACUAUUUUGUCCGAAAUCUGAAGUAUUGUAAGGUUGGAGAACUAGAAGUACGUACUGUUAAACAGUUCCAUUUUACCGGUUGGCCUGAUCAUGGUGUGCCUAUUGAUUCAACAGCGUUGAUAAAAUUCCGAGAGGAAGUUAAGAAAUACCAAAAUCAGGUCCAUGACCAAGGACCUAUCAUUGUACACUGCAGUGCUGGGGUUGGUAGGACCGGAACCUUCAUUGCACUGGACUACCUGUUUGAUCAAUCGCAUGCUGAAGGAAAGAUCGACAUUUAUCAACUCAUCCAAGGAAUGCGAGCAUCGCGACCGAAGAUGGUGCAGACAACGGAGCAAUAUUACUUCAUCCAUGACGUGAUGUUGGAAGAACUGCAUUGUGGUUUAACCUCUAUACCAGUGCAAGACUUUGCCACUCGUCUGCGGAAACUGAGACAAAGAAAUAAGUCGGGACUGACCAAAAUGGAAGAAGAGUUUGAGAUACUGAACCUUAUGUUGCCUGAAAUAGAAGAAAGCUCCAUCAAGACGGCCUUGGAACCCAUCAACAUUGAGAAGAAUAGAAUGAGGAAUAUUGUAGCAGGUAACCACUGCAGACCGUACCUUGUAUCACACGCCAAGGAGAGCACCGACUACAUUAAUGCGGUGUUCAUAGACGGUUACGAACGCCGAGAUGCCUAUAUCGUGACUCAGAUGCCUCUGCCUGAUACGAUCGUUGACUUCUGGAGUAUGUUGUAUGACCAGCAAUGUGCGACUAUAGUUAUGCUGAAUGAAGCGAACGAAGAUAGCAAGAAAAAUGCCGUUUACUGGCCGACGGAAGAGAUGACUUCUCACGAGCAUUUCACCGUGGAAGUGAUUUCUAUACGUCAGAUUGGGGAAUCUAUCACCAUCAGGGAGUUGAAGUUGGUUAAUUCAAAGAGACACUCGGAUCCUUCAAGAACCGUCUGCCAAUUCCAGUUUCAUGACUGGAUGACAUCGGAAUCAGUGCCGCCAUCACCGCGUGCGUUUCUUGAGCUGUUUGACGCAGUUCAACAAUGGCAAAAGAAAAGUGGAAACACUUCCAUAACUGUUCACUGCAUGAACGGAGCCCACCAGAGCGGGUUAUUCUGUGCCGUGGCUCGCAUACUGGACAAGCUGAAGGUGGAGCAGGAAGUGGAUGUCUUCCACGCGGUGAAGGCUGUCAGACAAAACAGACCACAUCUGGUCGAUAGCAAGGAGCAAUACUUCUUUUGCUAUGAAGUGGUUGAAGAAUACGCCCACAGGUUCGACACGUACACCAACUUCCAGAUGUAG